CACCUCCAGUAUCAAAUUUCAUCACCAAACACUAACGCAUAGGUCAGCUCAACGGUGUAUUGAAGAAGAUGCAGUCAAUGAAGGGUGCAGCUGCCUCCGCCAAGGCCGGCAUGGAAAAGGCCAAGGCCAGCAUGCAGGAAAAGGUGGACCAAAUGAAGACGAGUGACCCUAUUGAGAAAGAGAGGGCUAGAGAAAGGAAAGAAUAUAGACAAGAAGAUGCAGAGAUGAGGAAACAGGAGGCCCGCCAUCAUAACGCUGGCCACGGUGCUGGUGUUGGCUAUGGCGGAGGCGAUAUUUAUGACGUCAACUCUACUGAGAAAGAGAGGGCUAGAGAAAGGAAAGAAUAUAGACAAGAAGAUGCAGAGAUGAGGAAACAGGGGGCUCGCCAUCAUAACGCUGGCCACGGUGCUGGUGUUGGUACUGUUGGUUAUGGCGGAGGCGAUAUUCACGACGUCAACCCUACUGGUCGUGCUGGCUUCACCACAGGCAGAGAUGGCCUCAACCACAACAGAGGUGGCACUCAUGACGCCAGCCGUGGGUACCCCACAGAAGAUAUUGGGACUGGGUAUUACUCGGGUAGGCAGGUUAGGGCGGAUGAAAAUAUGAAUAUGGGGUAUGGUGGAGAAACAGGGGGUGGAUUAGGUUAUUCAACAACUGGGGGAAACAUUGGAGGGGCAGGUGGUGGUGCUGGAUUCACCCAUAACAGAGGUGAGACUGGUGGCUAUGGAGGCGGCGGCGUAUAUGACGCCAGCAGUGGGUACUCCACAGCAGAUACUGGGACUGGGUAUGACUUGGGAAGGCAGGUUAGGUCGGAUGAAAAUAUGAAUAUGGGGUAUGGUGGAGACACAGAGGGUGGAUUGGGUUAUUCAACAACCGGGGGAAGCAUUGGUGGGACAUGGGACCCUAACAAUCAAGGGACAAGAAGGAACACUAGGGGUAACCAGGGUGAUCAUUAUGAUCGAUCCUACUAAAAAUAAUACUGAAAUGAGCAAAGUUUUUAUGCUCUGGGGAUGUAGUUGUUUCUACUUUGUUUUUAAGUUGUCCUGUUGUAAUCUUAGUACUGUCGGAGGCAGUACUCUAUAUAAUAUAUCAAUAAUACUUGGGACUUGUUAGU